AUGCCAUCCACCGCGACAGCCGCUGAAACCCUGCCCCAGAUCGGGCUUCGUCCUCUGGGGUGCGGACAAAUGGACCGGCCCCUGUCCCCAUCGGCCCCCGUCCUCUCCAUUAUCCCGGGCCCCGUAAUGAAGCAGAGUGCUGUAGAGGUCUCAGCCGGGCCUCUGCUGACCUCCUCGCAGUUGGUGCCACAACAGUCUGUAAACACCAUGGAACCAUCAGACAGAACCAUCAGACCGUCUCUCAUCCAUCACCGACGCAGCAUCCGCCGCUCGUCUCAUCCAACCAGCGGGGCUCGAAUGUCAAAGGUCGCACGGUGGUCACCCUGGGUCUUUGUACUCCAACGCCAUCUACCUGCGUGCGCCCCUGCCCCGAGCCGUGGGGGAGGUGUGGCUAAGCCGUCGUCACCCGCAGCUUGUGGAGUGCUGAUGAUAAUGGCCUCGUGCGGGAGUCCAGACCAACAUCGGUUAUUUCGGGCUUAA